CAUAUGUAACCUAGAAGCAGUCGUGCCGAACGUCAACACACUAAAGACGUAUCCACCCAUCAACUCUCGCCUGUAAAUACAGUCACUUUACCUUACUCGUCUGAUCAUAGAUUUUAUAUCCGUGUACGUGCGUACGACUUCUCACUGCCGACCCGUAAAGGGAGAGUUAUAAGAUGGCAGAGUUUGGGUACGUACUAGGGUUACUCCUGGUUACUCUUACAGAACUCUCAGCACAAGAGGCUUUAAUAACGGGUUUUCAAUCCUCUGUCGUGAAAAAUGGUUCCCUGUACACGUAUCAAGGGACAGUCGACCAACUAUCAAAGCAGACGACAAUCGUACCUGUGAUAACGCAUUUCAAUACCGGAGUCACCAUUACUAGCCUGACCUCUGACCCCGAGAACGAUGUCCUGUUCUUUUACGAAUACUUCACCCAAACCAUAUAUCAGAUAUCAGAUUUUACAUCUUUAAACGUCUAUCAAGCGUCACCGGUACAUGCUGUUUCCAGUUCCUUAAAUACCAACAUAGCCUUUGAUUGGAUAACCCGAAAUCUGUACUGUACUGAUGGUAUUCUAGGAUGGAUAUUGGUGAUACACAUGGGAGCUACGAGGGAGGUAGAUAUGGUACGAAUCCUGCUGGAUACCAACAUGGAGUCACCAGGUGCCAUCACAGUGGACCCAAAGGAAGGUUACAUGUUCUGGUCAGACAUUUACAAAGGAUCUCCCCGUAUAGAACGAGCAUACCUGUCUGGAGAGCGACGCGAGGUGAUUGUAUCCACCAGUCUGCUCAUCAUCGGCGACGUAUCCGCCGACGUCCAGGAGAGACGCAUCUACUGGACAGACAGGAUGCGAAAUACCAUCGAAAGCUGUAUGUAUGACGGCCAGCAAAGGGAGAUCAUUCAUCGGCGGAACAAUUACGUCUUUUCCGACAUCAUGACUGACCUCGCACAUGUUUGUGUCACGGAAGAAUACCAGAAUAUUCUUUUGUGUAUGUACAAAAGUUCUGCCGAGUAUGUGCUGUUAGAAAGGUAUGAUAGACAACCAUACGGACUGGAGGUAUUCGAUAAAUCUCGGAAACCGUCGUCUACGGACAAGUGUGCCCCCAAGUCCUGUCAACACUUUUGUGCUCCCACUCCAGCAGGGGCUACUUGUCUCUGCAAGAAUGGUUACACUCUUCAAGGAGACGAAAAAUCAUGUAUUGCUGACCACGACUUACCAGUGAAGGGAUUACUUUUGGGGAACAGUACACAUGUGUGUGUGAUCGACUUUCUGAAUUUGGAAUCCUUGCCUUUUAAAGCCCCUACCUGUUUUAUAGACAAUCUCCAGGAUACAAUCUUUCUGUCCGUGGAUGUUACGUCCAUGGAUUUAUUUUUUGCUGAUAAGAGAACACGAAGUCUGAAUUCCAUCAAUAUACAAACAAGGAUUAGGAAACAACUUGUCAAUACGGGAAUUGUGUCAGGUUUAGCCUAUGAUUGGGUCGGUCAAAAUUUAUACUGGACUGAAGCAGACACAAUGAAAGUCAAGCUCGUGUCCGUCUCCGUGGCAACACCUAUGUCUAUUGACCUUGUCCUUAGUACCCUCAGCCCGUCUGACGUCACAAUAGAUCCACAUGGAAGAAUGGUAUUUUGGAUAUCAGGAUUAGGCACUUCCCAAAAUACAAUACAGAGGAUGUCGACAGAUGGCAGCACGAGCCAGACAACUAUUGUGUCCAGUGGCAAUGCGCUGACGGCGUUGUUCUACGACACCAUGCGAAAUAGGCUAUUCUGGGUGGAGGGUGGAACAUUGAAGAGUUCCUUAGGAAGUGGUAGUGAUAUUACUACACUUAAGGCGCUGGCUACACAACAACACUCGCAGCUCAUAAUCUAUAAGAUGUACGCAGUUUGGAUCAGCUUUACGAGUUCUCAGAUCCACACCAUGUCCAUGGUGACUAAACAGCUUCUAACUCGAGCCAUCGACGGGUUUGGGGACGUAACGGGGAUGGCCGUAUUUGAUGAAACAAUACAAUCACAACAACCAGAACCAUGUUCCGUCCUGAACGGUGGAUGUUCCCAUAUAUGCAUACCAACGUCCAAUACGGGGAGGCGCUGCGUUUGUACCUUUGGUUUUACACUGCAGCUAGACAAGAAGUUCUGCAAGAGCAAACCUCCUCUGACGAACAACUUUCUUUUGGUACCUGAUCUAAACCAUGCCCGUCUGUACCAGCUAUCCCUUGACAAUGUCACGCCUCAGUUUCUUGCCCUUGACCUUCAAGUAGACAGACCAGUCGACGCCGUGUAUGAUCCUGUAAAUCUGUACAUGUACUGGACAGAGGCUAACCUCAAAGUUAUCAAGAGGAGUAAACUGGAUGGCACAGAGGUCCAGACUCUACUGACAUUUUCACAAGAGUAUCCUGAACGGCUUGCCAUAGACUUUAGCACUGGGAAUCUGUUCUACACGACAUCGGUCGUUGGUGACUCUGCCAGUAGGGAUGGUAAGGUCGGAGUGCUGAGGAUCAUUCAGGACCAAACCUUCAAUAAAGUGCUUAUAAAAGAUGAAGGCGCUGCCGACUUCAUUCAGGGACUGCUAGUGUUUCCAAAAAACGGAUUGCUGAUUUGGAGUGGAACGGACUUUGAUGGCCCGAAAUCUGUUGGAGCCAUACAUAAGUCAUUCAUGGACGGUUCUGCAAUCACGUUACUGGUAUCUGACGUUAACAGCCCACAGGGCCUCACCAUGGAUUAUGAAACCGGACGUGUAUACUGGGCGUCAGGCGAUGGCGUAGAGUACAGCGACUUGUCUGGGAACAAAGGCACACUGGUGAAGAGCUCAGAAAUGUUGACAGAUUUAGUAGUUACAAGCAAUGUCAUUUACUACACGGGUAGAAAUACCAGAAAAGUUAUAAAGAUUGACAAAAGUACCGGAGCCAAUAUUCAUUGGUUGGAUAACACUCCAGAAGUGGGCAGCGUGUUCUCCAUCGACAUAUACAACGGACAGCAACAACCAGCUAAUGCUGCAUGUACCAAUAACGGCCUGUGUGAUGUAUUCUGUCUGCCAACCCUCACGGGAAAAACAUGCGGCUGCCAAGAUGGAGUCUACUUACAGCAAGACAAACGAACAUGUGGAUCAACUGUGACAUGUGAUACGACAAUACCCAAUGGGCUGAUAUCGUCCUUCUGUACGGGGAUAGUGGCUGAGACCUGUACGUAUCAAUGUAAUUCCGGUUAUCAUAAGAACGUCGAUCAUUCCACCAUUACUUGUCUCUCUGUGGGCGCUUGGACAACAUUACAAACUAGCCUCUGUCUAGCGGACUCCCCUCCCUCAGCUGUAUCGAUAAUACCAGUCAUCGCCGGGGCCGUGGGAGCGGUGAUAGUCAUUUUUAUUCUUAUCGUCAUCGUCGUAUGUUUAUGGAAGAGGAAACGUAAACCACAAACAUUCCAGGAAUCCAUGUAUAUGAGCAACAUGAGUAGGCCCACAGUGGUACAGAAUCAAUAUGGGAUGCCCCAGGAUAUAAAUAUCUCAGGCGCUAUAGGUCCCCAAGUGGUAGUGACACCUCCUGAUUACGGUUACAAGGACAAAAUCAAUCCCGCCUACCUCUAUCCUCCCGAACAGCGUGCAAGGUGUCCUUCACCUGAUCACGUGUACGCUGAAUUGCCGCCUGCUUACUCACAGACAGAUCCAAACUACAUCCACCCAAUGGAAAAUGAACACGACGAAGCACAACCAAAUCCAUACGUUGACCCAGAACCUGUCGCCGAACAUUCCGCCUUUAGGCAAUCUCAGCAAGAGAGAAAAAACAGAAGUUUUACGGUAAACACCCCACCGUCGAAUGUGCAUCAGGCAUCCAAGCCUGUUCAGUUGGAUAACGAUGGCACUUCACAGGAAAUCCCGUACUUAAUGCCCUUCCAUGAGCCUGAGAGGAAAGUGCGAGACAAACGUGAUCAACUGGGUCCCGACGUCACCAUUGGACAAUCUCUUGGUUCCAGUCCCCCCCAUCGCCAAUCACAACAAGGAUCUGUCCCGAUCUCCAGUCGGAGGAUCUACACCGGAUGUUCUCAGCAGGAAUCGUAUGACACUACAGGUGCAGAUAGUGCGACUAAUCAACAAUCUCAACCUGGAUUGUUUUCCAAUUCCCAACCAAACGCCUACACAAGUAAUUCGUAUUCCCCGUAUCGUAUGCCCCAAUAUAAUUCUCGCCGUUCCUCUCAACAGGAGGACCCAUAUCAUUCCCAAACAGGGAUAAAUACAUCGCCAUCUAACCAACUGUAUGGUCACGAUUACAUUGAGUUGGGGAGAUAAUCAACUCAUCUGAAACAAUUGUAUUUGGACAAUCACUUCCCGCUGAUUAAACAGUGCAUUGUUAAAUGCUUUGAUGUUAGUUUUCAUAUUUAUCCUUUAGUCCGAAUCGGAAAGUAUUGAUGAUACGUUGUAUCUUGUCCAUAUCAUUAUAUCAAAUCAAACUAUGCUGGAGACAUUCCAUUAUAUCAGGAAAGUCGCAAGCAAAAGACUGUUAAAUUUUAGUGUUUGGCACGGCACUAAAGCUUACAUCAAAUGACAUUAUAUCACGGCCCUUCGAAUAACAUGCAGCCAUUGAAAGUUGAGGCCGAUUUACUCAAUAUAUUUUCUGUGCUUAUUGAAUAUUCUGUCUUAGCACUUUUUAUGAAAAGUGUUGUUCCCUGUUCAUGUUUUAUCGUUUCACCUAAAAAGAAACACCAAAAGUGUUGACGUCUUUACCGUAAAUGUUUGGAGAUGCUUGCAAUGUUGUAUUUGUGUGUAGAAUUAUUUUUGUUUCUUGUUUUCUAUCAGAAAUGAGUAAGCUUUCAUUAACUAUGUACUUGAAAGUGUGAUAUGUGUUUAAAUUAAAUGAUAAGGGUUUAAAAAAAAAAUCUGUUUGAUACUGUAUAUACCGACUAUCCACUUUCAAAAUUCCGUGUCGUAUGCUGUAUAACCCAAAACAAAUCUUGGUUAUUUCUUAAAUAUAUUAAUAUUUAACUAUGGAUAUGUGCAUAUGAAUGUUUAACUUGUUAUAUAGUUUCAUACUGUGCUACACAUGUUUUCAUAGUUAAAAUACGUCAUAUAGAGCCCGACAGAGUUUAAUGUAAAUUUGACAGCAAUAGAAAUGUGUUUGCUAAAAUAUCUAUUAUUUAUGUUUACAUUUUGGU